UUCAUAUUUGCUGUCACUCAGUUUCCCACGUUUUGAACUAGUUUCUAGGCAUUCCCAAGAUCCCCAACCAGACACGUUGGUUUGAAGUCUUUCUCUUGGGACGCUUGAUAGGAAUUCCGAUCUGUGUGGGGUUAGCUGAUUGAUCAGGAACGCCGACCAUGGGUCCGCCUCGGAAUAGUUCCGAGCAGCUAAGAUGGCGACUGGCAGUAGCUGUCGCUGUGACCCUCCUAGCACUGGUUCCGCUCGUGAGCGGAGCAGUUUUCACCGUUGACCUGGGUUCGGAAUCCAUGAAAGUCGCUGUGGUCAAUCCCCGACCUGGCCAGAGCCCGAUCUCGAUCGCGAUCAACGAGAUGUCUAAACGCAAAUCCCCGUCUCUCGUGGCCAUAUCCAACGGCGACAGGCUCCUCUCAGAAGAAGCCGCCGGGAUCGCCGCUAGGUACCCAGAUCGCGUGUACUCACGCGCGAGGGACAUGGUCGGUCUUCCAUUAAAUGAGGUCAAGGACCUUUUAAAAAGCAGCUAUCUUCCGUACGAUGUCGUCGGGGGGGAUGGGAGGCCGGAGGAGGAGACGGAGGACGACUCACUGGCGUCGGAAGUUAUCAGCGAAGUGACGUCAGAGACGGAAGGCGAGGCUGCUUCGGGGCGUUCGUCAGGCAAGGAGGACAAGGCGAAGAAAUUGAAGCGGAAGCGUCCCGUGAGGAUUCGAACCCACGACGGCUCGACGGAGUACUCCGCUGAGGAGCUCCUGGCCAUGCAGCUGGGCUACGCUAGGGGACUGGCGGAAGCCCACGGGAAAGCCGGGAUUGUGGACGCCGUCGUUAGCGUUCCCGCGUACUUCUCCCAGAGUCAGAGGCAGUCGAUUAUUGACGCUGGGGCUCUGGUUGGCGUGAAUGUGAUGGCGUUGAUUCAGGAGCAUGCCGGGGUGGCGCUGCAGUAUGGCAUGGAUAAGGACUUCAGCAAUGGCAGCAGGCACGUGGUUAUCUUUGACAUGGGGGCCACGACAACCUAUGCGGCCGUGAUAUAUUACUCGGCUUAUGCGACCAAGGAGCGCGGGAAGAGCAUCACAGUCAACCAAUUCCAGGUGAAGUCUGUGAGGUGGGAUGCGGAGUUGGGAGGGCAGACGCUGGAGGCGCGGCUGCUGGAGCACUUCGUGGACGAGUUCAACGGGAAGCAUAGCGGCGUGGACAUCCGAUCGUCGCCCAAGGCCAUUGCGAAGCUGAAGAAGCAGGUGAAGCGCACCAAGGAGAUCCUCAGCGCCAACAUGGAGGCCCCCAUCUCCGUCGAGUCCCUCUACGACGACCACGACUUCAGGUCAUCCAUAACGCGGGAGAAGUUCGAGGAGCUGUGUGCGGAUGUGUGGCCGCGAGUGGUGGCGCCGCUGCAGGGGGCGCUAGCAGACGCCAACAUCACAAUGGACGACGUCUAUGCCGUGGAGCUCGUGGGGGGAGCCACCCGCGUGCCCAAAGUGCAGUCUGUGCUGACUGAAGCACUGGGUGGUAACCGCUCGCUGGACCGGCACCUGGAUGCAGAUGAGGCGCUCGCUCUGGGGGCAUCCCUGCUGGCGGCCAACCUGAGUGACGGAUUCAAGCUCAACCGUCGGAUCGGCAUGAUCGAUGGGCUGCCCUUUGCCGUCAAGUACCGGAUCGAGCCUUUGCCUGUGGAUGGGGAUGCUGGGAGUGAUGGGGAGGCAGCGGAUGCAUCGGAGGGGCCUGUGGUGGAAGAGCUGUUGUUCCCCCGGCUGAAGAAGAUGCCCAUCAAGAUAAUCCGGUCACUCAAGGAGCAGGCGAGCGACUUCACCCUCUCCUUCCUCUAUGACGAGUCACAGGGCCUGCCCCCCCGCUGGCCCAAGGGGGCUCCCAUCUCCACUCUGCACGUGUCUGGCGUGGCCAAGGGCAUUGCCAAGUACUCGUCUUACAACCUGACGCACCCCAUCAGGGCCAGCCUCCACUUCCACCUGACUCGCAGCGGCACAGUGGGGCUGGAGAAGGCCGAGCUCGUGGUGGAAUUCACAGAGUGGAUCGAGGUGCCUGUCAUCCCCCCUCCCUCUGCUGCCAACGCCACUGCCAAUGCCACUGGUAAUGCCACGGCUGGUGCCAGCGCCAAUGCCACUGUGAACGCUACUGGUGAUGGUGCUGCUGAUGCUGCUGGUGCUGGUGAAGACGGGUCAGAUUCCGCUGCUGGUGGUUCUGAGAAGGAUGCUGCAGGAGAAGGGGGCAGUGAUGCUGGGAGUGAGGGGGCAGGCGAGAAGGGGGAGAAGGGAGAGGAUGGAGAGAAGGGAGAGAAGGAGAAGAAGGGGGAGGAGGCGGGGAAGAAGGAGGAGUCGCCGAAGGUGGAGAUGAGGAGGAAGCUGAGGAAGAGGACGAUCAGAGUGCCCCUGCAGGUGUCUGACGUGACUGAGGGCUUUCAGCGAAUGAUGACGGACGAGGAGAUGACAGAUGCCGAGAUCCGAUUGGACCGGCUGCGCAAGAGGGACGAGGAGAAGAGGGCGAUAGCUGAGGCGAAGAACACUCUGGAGGCGUAUAUCUACUCGAUGAAGGAUAAGAUGGAGUCGGAGGAGGACCUCAUCAAGGUUACCACGGAGGAGCAGCGCGACUCCUUCCGCUCUCAGCUAGUCGACGCGGAGGACUGGCUGUACAUGGAUGGGGAGAACGCCAAGGUAGCGGAGUUCAAAGCCAAGCUGGCUGACCUUAAGAAGACGGGAGAUGCCUUCAUGUUCCGCAAGAACGAGCUGACUGCUCGCCCUGCUGCCGUUGGUGUUGGCCGCUCCUUUGCAGACUCCACUUAUGAUCUUCUGGAGUCCUGGAGAACUGACAAGCCGUGGCUGAAUGCCACCACUGACAUUGACCCGGUGCUGGCUGACGUGGAGGCUUUCGUCAAGUGGCUUGACGACAAGACAGCAGCUCAGUCCAAGAAGCGCCCUCAUGAGGACCCAGCGUUUUCAUCCAAGGACGUGUAUAGCAGAGUGGAUACUAUUGAGGCCAAGGUGAAUCGUAUCAAGCGCAUCCCCAAGCCCAAGCCAAAGAAGGUCCCUGCGCCUCCUGCUUCCCGCAAUGCCACCGCUGGCAACAGCACCAGCAACAGCACCAAUAACAGCACCACUGAUACGGACAAAAGCACACCACCGCCAGCUGACAGUGAGGCGAAGGGGAAGGCCGCUGAGUGGAAGGGUGUGCGAGAUGAGUUGUGAGAAUCAGAGCACCGCAUUGCCAUGGCCCAUGGCCCUGUACAGGUGACUUUGGGCUAUUCAGUUGCUAACCAGGUGCUUCAUUGUCGGUUUGGUUGGAUCAGCCUUCUCCCUUGAGGUGCUAGGAUGAUAAUAUUGUUGAGAAAGCAAUGAUUGAUCUGCGUGGGGCGAACAAUGUCGCACUGAUACAAUUAUGUGACACAGCACGCAAACAAGGUCACUGUUUAUGUGAAGGCUGUGCAAAUUGAGUCUUGAAGUAAUGUGCUUGGUAAUUUGU